AGUUAACCGACGUAACUCCUCACAGAUCGAUGGUGUGUUUAUGUUACAGGGACUACUGAUAGUUUUGUCUACUUUUAAACACUAGAUAAGUACACAUACAAAGCCAUGGACUAAAUUUAGCAGGAUACCUGUGUUCAAAUUCAUCACACAAACAAAUUAUUUUUAUCACAAAGGUGACAAAGUGAGGCUGAGAACUUUUUGUUGACAACUGCAUUUUUCGCCUGAUGUUUGCUCAGCGAUGAUCGGCACUUUUGUGGAGCGCGGCGAUCCCCAACAUCUGUCAUCCCCGGGGGUAGGAUACGGGCACCCCGAGGGUAGCGCCAUGGUGCAAAAUCAACAGUAUGGUUACUAUAACGGUCAAACUAGUGGGUACGGUGUGCCAUAUAGCAAUGUUGGAAAUCUAAACUCCAGGGAAUUAUUUCUACGGCGGACGGCGGAGUUUGGACUUUCUGGAAGUGAUGUGUCAACUAACGUGAGUUCCCGUCCAGGGAUGUUGUUUCCUCCGCCGUCCAGUGGUUUUCACUCACAACAUCAUCAGGAUGUCAGUCCGCACGUCCUUCUGCAGGGACUACAUGAUGUCACAUCAUAUCAUAACCCCAGACAGCACAUGCACGGACAACCCGGCUACUACAUGUCGGGACAUAGUCCGGAAUACAUUUCCAGAAAUGAUCAAAUGGGACUAAAUCCGGCCUCAAGACCGGAACAGUACACUCACGAGAACCCCUUUAUGAACCCUAUCAAUAUGUUACAGAACGGAACUGGUCCCUUUUUCAGAUACAUGCGACCCCCAAUAAAACAAGAACGCACGUGCAUGUGGAUUGAUCCGGAUCAGCCGGAACCAAAGAAACCUUGUAAUAAAGUGUUUUUUACCAUGCACGAGAUCGUUAAUCACAUUACGAUUGAUCAUGUUGGUGGGCCGGAGCAGGCCAAUCAUACCUGUUUUUGGCAGGAGUGUCCGAGAGAGGGAAAGCCCUUCAAGGCCAAGUACAAACUUGUAAACCAUAUCCGUGUCCAUACCGGAGAGAAACCCUUCCCCUGUCCAUUCCCGGGAUGUGGAAAAGUGUUUGCCCGCAGUGAGAAUCUCAAGAUCCACAAACGGAUACACACGGGAGAGAAGCCCUUCAAGUGUGAUUUUGAAGGAUGUGACCGGAGAUUCGCGAACAGUUCCGACCGGAAGAAGCAUAGUCACGUGCACACUAGUGAUAAGCCUUACAAUUGCAGAGUGAGAGGUUGUGACAAAAGUUAUACCCACCCAAGCUCCUUACGUAAGCACAUGAAAAUCCACGGGGACAUCUCCCCCGAUAUGGAGAAAUCGGACUCGGAGGAUCACUCAGAGAGCAGUGAAUCAAUGUCAAGGACCACGCCCUCAAAUGACGUCACGAUGCAUUCGCACCAAUCACCGCCUUCAGGAGAAAGUGUUACUGACACGAAACCCAUUUUGACGUCACCUGUGACGUCACACAUUGAUCAGAAUAAUGGAAUUCCCGUACCGGAAGUGCCUAAAUUAAAUGACUGGUUUGUUUGCCACCCACGAACAAUGACUUCCGCCCCUUCUAAAGAACAUACUUCAUUCCCUUCUAUAGCACCUUUAUCGUCAUUUCACCCGAUGCCCAUCAUGCAAUAUUCGUAACAGGAAGUGACGUAAUGUGUUUUAUUGUGCACCUGUUACAAAGAUCUGAAGAAAACGUGUCGUUCAUUGUUUCAAAGUCGUGAAAGUUAUGGAUAGUCUUCAUUGUGAAGGUUGUAAGAUGUAGUAUAUACAUUAACUGCAGAUUUCGUAUAAAUAUGUUAUAUAUAGACAUUCAUAUAUUAUAUAAAAAUAUUAAAAUAUCAAUGUUUUAAAUGUAAA